GACAGAUUGACGCAAAGUUGACGUUGGUGACGUAGUAAGUAAUAGUAAUGUCGUGAAUAAAUUGCUGUGAGCACAUUUUUCGGUAUGAAUGUGGAGAUUCAGUAAAAUAAAUAAUGAACGUACACGAUAUAUUAAAUUCCAGCGGCGAAGAAGCGAACAGUGAUAUGGAAACAAUGGACGUUUCCUUGAAUUGCGACGAUCCCGAACUAAUGAGUUCAGAGUUCUUCGACUCUGUUCUCUCCCUGGAAAACAAUAUGGAUGAUGAAUUUUUCUCCAAAUUCGAGGAUGAUAUCAAUCUAUCCAGCGAUGCCAGCUCUCACUUGGAUGAAGUACUUUCCCCUCAAAGCUACACUUCUGAAAGUGAUAAAAAUAGUUCUUAUAUGGAAAACAUUGAAGACUCCAGAACAAUUUUAGAUAGUGUUAAUGAAUUUGAUGAAUCCUUGUUGAUGUCUCUAAUCGGGCCUAGUGACGAUCAGUUCAUCAAAACAGAACCAGAAAUUGCUCCCACAAGCACUCCUAGUACUCCAGUUCAGAAAAAAACAACUCAGAUUUUAAUACAAAACCCUAAUAACAAAAAAUUCAUUUCAAAACCGUUGAUAAACGCUAGUCACCUGAAAAGUGCAGGUCCACUGAAUGGGAAACCUCAGAUUCUAAAAGUUCAACCUAUUUCAAAUAACGGAAAGACUGUCCUCUUUCCAUUGAACAUAAAAAGCAUUAAAAUUUUGAACACACCCGAGGAAGUUGCAGCGUUUACCGGCAACAUGAGAAAACGUAAAAUUGAACCAACAUCUGGUAAUAAGAAUGUUGCAGCCCCCACGAGUCAAUACCCGCCACUUUCUUUAACCCUGGAAGAAAAAAGACUGUUAGCCAAAGAAGGAAUACAACUGCCUUCGCAUCAUCCCCUCACCAAAAACGAAGAACGCGAAUUAAAGCGAAUCCGAAGAAAAAUCAGAAACAAGAUUUCUGCGCAGGACUCUAGGAAACGCAAAAAGGAAUAUGUGGACGGAUUGGAAGAGAGGGUGAAAAGAGGUUCGGAAGAAAACAAAAAUUUGCUCCAGCGAGUACGGGCCCUUCAAAAACAAAAUAAGACUUUGAUUGCUCACGUCAACAAAUUGCAAGCCCUCAUUUGUAAUUCUACCACCUCCAAAGCAACUCCGUCUACUUGCCUUAUGGUUGUUCUGCUCUCUGCUCUGCUAGUUUCUCUGCCGAAUAUGAAACUGUUUGAAAACAAGCAAAGUCACCAAGAUCAGGAGCAAAUUUCAGUAAGGAGAUCCUUACUCUCGAGUCCGCAAGCUACAGAUGAUAAUUUGAACAUGGAGGAGUUCUUGAUUUUCAAAGACGAUGAGGACUAUGAGGGAAAACUCAUUGAUGAAAUCGACGUUGAGAACUCCACCGAGAAGGAGGUCUCUAAGAUCUUGGAGGAAAUGGGUCAGAAGUACGACGGACUUCUCUCUGAGAAAAACAACUCUAAUAAGAGUUUGUUUGGGCGGGUGUUGGACACCUUCAAGAAUUUUCUGGAGAGAGACAAGAAAGAGGUUCAGGGUGGUUAUGAUUAUGGGGGGUUCAACAACAAGAAGGUCUUUUUGGAGCCUGACAUAGAUGAGUAUGUGCCGAUAGAUCAUGAACCUCCCAUAAAGAAAAGCAAAAUGGAAAAUUCAGAUUCUUUCAACUCAAAUGAUGAUUUUGUCACAACCACCACAAUGAAUGCCAAUAAUUUCGUUAUAAAUACAAAGGAUAAGUAGUGUGAAAUGGGGAGUCUGGAAUAUAUUCUUCUGUACUAGAUUUUGAAACUAUUUUAAUUAAACUUGUGUAUUUUUGUCUCAUGAUCACAAAUUGAAGUCAAAACUCGGCACUAAAGUCUUGCCCAAAAUGGCUAAGACUCGCUUCAAUUAUUUACGACACUUGCUUUGGGCUUGCAUCAACAAACCUCAUUCUCAUAAUAACAAAAACUUUAUUUGAGUGACAAUAUCAUUUAGAACAUGUCUAAAAAUUAGGUUUUUUUCUGUGAAAAUUAGGUUUUAUUCUGUGAAAACGAUUGAAAUUGACAAAUACAGGUCCACAACAUUAUAAUUCAUAAAAUGGUGUCAUUUCACAAGUUCUUAUUAUCAAAAGUGAGUUCUUGAAAUAAUUGAUUUUUCAACAGGUACAAAUUUUAAGUGAACGUAUCUCCAAAAUUAGGAGAAGCGGCUAAGUUUUGACUUCAGGUAUGUUUUCAGCAAACAAAAAUACGUAAACCUAAGUAAAAUAUUUUCUAAAAAAAGCGCAGUUGAAACAAAUGACCAGGAAUUCAUGCCUGGCCGAUUAAGUUAAAAAAGUGUAUUAUCUGUUAACGUUUGCUUUAGUAGAUUUGUUCCUGUAAAUUAUUGUUUUUUAUAUUUAUAUGUUUGCAUUCCAGUUAGUGGUAAUGGGUCAGGCUUUUGUUUUGGUAAUUACUAAGAUUGACAUCUUGGCGAUAAAUUUACCUUGUUUGUUUGACAAUUGGACUGGACAAAAAAGAGAUUUUAUAUGUAUAUUUUAAGAUAAUAACCAAGUUAUUUUCGCUUUCGUAGAAUUUAUUCAGAUCGUUUCAAUGUGUUAACAGUCACAUUUAUACAAUUAUAUAUUAUUGUCUUAUAUCAAAUUAUGUAUUGUUUAUAUCUAAUAUAUUAUUAGUUACAAAAUUAAAGGUUUGAUAAUUUUCA